ACCAUGACCUGGACAAAAUAUCAUCAAUUGGCUGAUAUUUAUGAUUGGUUGGACAUCCUUGUACUUAAGAAUAUGUUCAAAGUAACACCUUUCAUUAUUGGCAAAUCAUAUGAAGGUCGUCCCAUUAAGGCUGUUAGGAUUUCCACCAAACCUGGAAACAAGGCCAUCUUCGUUGAAUCCAACAUCCAUGCCAUUGAAUGGAUUUCCUCGGCCACCACCACAUGUUUCAUUAAUAAUUUGCUCAAGGCCGAAACUGCUGAGAUGAAAGAAUUGUUGAUGAAUUACGAUUGGAUUUAUGUACCUGUUUUGAACCCCGAUGGUCUCGAGUAUACUCACAAUGUUGAACGUUUGUGGCGCAAGAACCGCAAGCCAACCGGUUUCUCCAAUUCCUCGGGUAUUUGCUAUGGUACCGAUAUGAAUCGUAACUUUGAUUAUAAAUGGGGAGGUGCCGGCUACAACAUUGAUGUCCCCUGUGACCAUUGGUAUGGCGGUGCUGUCCCUGAUAGCGAACCUGAAGUUUUGGCUUUGGAAAAUUUCGUUAAUGCCUUCCCUGAGGGUUACAUUCGCAUGUAUUUGGCUUUCCAUUCAUUUGGCAACUUCGUCUUGUUGCCCUAUGGCCACACCAGUGAAGAAUUCCCACCCAACUAUGAUCAGAUGAUGCGUAUUGCCAAUGCCUUUGCUGAUGGUGCCAGGGUGAAGUAUGGUACUGAAUUCAAAAGUGGUGCCAGUGGUCUUUUGAAUUAUCCCGUUUCCGGUUCGGCCAAGGAUUGGGCCUAUGGUGUUAAGAAUAUCCCAUUCACUGCCACCAUUGAAUUGCGUGAUGAUGGCUCCAAAUAUGGUUUCUUCUUGCCUGCUUCUCAAAUUUUGGAAGUUUGUGCCGAAGUAACUGAUGGUUUAAUUGAAAUGGUCCAACAAGCCCGCAAAGAAGGACUCUUCGAUUUUGCCCUCCUUGGAGUGACAGCAGCCUUCAAGCCACCAGCAGCCCGAUAUGAUGGCUUCAAAGUCUAUAAAGUUUUUGUCAAGGAUGAACAGCAAUUGUCGGAAUAUAAGAAAUUGGCCAACAAUAUUCCUGUCCGCUUCUUGAGUGAUAUCAGUGGCCCCGGACGCAGCUAUACCCUUGCCAUUGAUCCCGCCAAUCAAAAGGCCUUGGAAAGUCACAUGCAAUAUCAAGAAUUAAAUUAUGAGCUCACCAUUGACGAUUUGCAAGAAGUAUUGGAACAAAGUAUGCCCGCCAAUAUGGGACUUUUCAACGACACCAUGACCUGGACAAAAUAUCAUCAAUUGGCUGAUAUUUAUGAUUGGUUGGACAUCCUUGUACUUAAGAAUAUGUUCAAAGUAACACCUUUCAUUAUUGGCAAAUCAUAUGAAGGUCGCCCUAUUAAGGCUGUUAGGAUUUCCACCAAACCUGGAAACAAGGCCGUCUUUGUUGAAUCCAACAUCCAUGCCAUUGAAUGGAUUUCCUCCGCCACCACCACAUGUUUCAUUAAUAAUUUACUCAAGGCCGAAACUGCUGAGAUGAAAGAGUUGUUGAUGAAUUACGAUUGGAUUUAUGUACCCGUUUUGAAUCCUGAUGGUUUGGAAUAUACUCACAAUGUUGAACGUUUGUGGCGCAAGAACCGCAAGCCAACUGGUUUCUCCAACUCCUCGGGUAUUUGCUAUGGUACCGAUAUGAAUCGUAACUUUGAUUAUAAGUGGGGAGGUGCCGGCUACAACAUUGAUGUCCCCUGUGACCACUGGUAUGGCGGUGCUGUCCCUGAUAGCGAACCAGAAGUUUUGGCUUUGGAAAAUUUCGUUAAUGCCUUCCCUGAGGGUUACAUUCGCAUGUAUUUGGCUUUCCAUUCAUUUGGCAACUUCGUCUUGUUGCCCUAUGGCCACACCAGUGAAGAAUUCCCACCCAACUAUGAUCAGAUGAUGCGUAUUGCCAAUGCCUUUGCUGAUGGUGCCAGGGUGAAGUAUGGUACAGAAUUCAAAAGUGGUGCCAGUGGCCUUUUGAAUUAUCCCGUUUCCGGUUCGGCCAAGGAUUGGGCCUAUGGUGUUAAGAAUAUCCCAUUCACUGCCACCAUUGAAUUGCGUGAUGAUGGCUCCAAAUAUGGUUUCUUCUUGCCUGCUUCUCAAAUUUUGGAAGUUUGUGCCGAAGUAACUGAUGGUUUAAUUGAAAUGGUCAAACAAGCCCGCAAAGAAGGACUCUUCGAUUGA